GUAUAUAAAUCGAUCCCUUAACCAGUUCUCCAUAAUCUCUACCACUCAAAAAGAGUAAGAAAGAAAGAAAAAGAAAAAAAGAACUAAGAAAAAGAGAUGGCGGCCUUGAAGAAAAUUGUGGUCUUGCAUGUAGCACUGCUAGUCCUUGUACUAGCUGCUGUAUCUGCAAAAGCUGACAGGGUUGAUCUCUUCGAGCUUUCCAGUUCUAAUAAUCAAAAAUCUGUGGAUGGUUACAAAGGGCCAGAUAUUCCAGCGUGCUGUGAUAACUGCAUGUGCACGAAGAGCAUACCACCGCAGUGCCGUUGCACGGACGUCUUCAUCGGCACCGAGCGGUGCAAGAACUGCGAAAGGUGCUACUGCACUCGCAGCAUCCCACCGCAGUGUCGGUGCGCUGAUGUUAAGGAUUUCUGCGAUCCACCAUGCUCAUACUCCUCCUUCUCCACUGCCCAGAUCAUCAAACAAGUGCCUGCCUGAUCUACAUCAGACUAAUAAACCCAACGUUAAUAUAUAUAUAUAUAUAUGUACACAUAUAUUUAUGUAUCAUGCUACACGAUCAUGUGCUCCGUGAUCUACAGCUAGCUAGUGCUUAUUUUCUUUAAUUUGCCUCCGGCUGGUGUUGAAGCUUUAAUUUUCUAUAUAAAAAAUAAUGUACGCGUGAAGAUUAAUAAAUAUUAAUUAAUGUUGGGUAAUGAAA